UCGUGACACGAUCGCGCGUCGCAACGGAGGGAUACUGUUGCAGCAGGCCGGUUCAUUUAGCAGCGGUUGCGAAGGCGCGGGUAACACACAGCAGUACAGACGCCGGCUCAGGUCAUAGCGGGAACGGGACAUUCAUUUAGAACUCUUCGGUCUUCACCUCGCGUUUUUUCUGCCUCACCAUGGCAUCGGCACAUCCUGGGAUCAGCAAUAAGAGCCUGUCGUCCAUGACUCUGGAGGGCAGGGUCCUCAUGAGUCCUCUGGCGAAGAAAUACACCUUCAUGGUCCGGUCCUGUCCGCUGAAACACAAGGACAAGAUCGGCGACAUCCACCCAUUGCCGCCUAUCACUGUUCAGCACAACCUAGAAGAGUCUUUCGUGAACGACAGUAUCCGUACGGACACGAUGCAGAACUCUCGGUUCUGCCGUCCGAAGCGCACGUCCAUCAUCCGGCCCUACAACGCCCUGCAAGACAAGCACGCCGUAGCCUACUUCCGCAGCCCCACUGUCAAGGACACGCUGGAGAGGACGCUCACAAACAAGGAGUUGUGGGAGACGCCGCCCAGCCGUAACAUGAACAAACUGUCGACCCGCGGCCGCUCCUUACGGACCCCGACUCCGGCCACGCUGGUCAGGAUGGAGGAGAACUUCGUGGUGGACAGCAUCAAAACCAGCCACGCAGUCACCAAGUACAAGCCGCUCAUCCCGCCAUACAACGCGCUAAGGGACAACCAUUCCCAGCAUUAUUUCCACUUCAAGGGAGUCAAAAACCUUCUGAAGACCACAGUUGGCGGCCAAUAACCCCCCAGAAUCGCCACACUUUUGCGUAU